CAGUUGUUCUCCAAAACAUCAACGUGCUGAAAAUCUCAAAGAUGAUUUUGUUAAUUCUUGUCAAGAGGAAAAGGUUUCAGAUUCUGUUAAAAGUAAUAAACAUCAAAAAAAUAGUUCUUGUGAAAAGG